CCUUCUUGCCUUCUCUCAAACUCACACCGCCAUGUUAACCACCGAUCUCGCCACCAUCUUACCUCGCGUGCUCAUAGUAUCCAGACGAAGCCUUCGCAAGAACAAGUUCGUCGAUUUCGUCGGUGAAUAUCAUCUAGAUCUAAUUGUCGGAUAUGGAGCUGUUCCAGUGAUUGUACCUCGAGUGACCGGAGUCAACAUGUUACUAGAGAGCUUUGAGCCAAUCCAUGGAGUUCUUCUAUGUGAAGGAGAAGACAUCGAUCCAUCACUUUACGAAUCAGAAACAACGAUUCUAUCACCCGAAGAGUUGGAUGAAAUCAGACUCCUCCAUUCCAGCGACACCACAAUCGACAAAGAAAAGGACAUUAUCGAACUAUCUCUUGCAAAACUCUGCUUAGAACGAAACAUUCCUUACUUGGGAAUAUGCAGAGGUUCACAAAUUCUAAAUGUAGCAUGUGGAGGUACGCUUUACCAAGACAUUGAGAAGGAAAUAACGAAAAACUCUCCCCAAGUGAAGAAAGUGAGUCAUAUCGAUUAUGAAAACUACGAUGGACAUAGACAUUUGGUGAACAUUGUGAAGAACACCCCUUUGCAUCAAUGGUUUCACGAUUCUCUUGAACAUGACAAGAUGGAGAUUAAAGUCAAUAGUUAUCAUCAUCAAGGGGUUAAGAGAUUAGCACAACGUUUCAAGCCCAUGGCGUUUGCACCAGAUGGAUUGAUUGAAGGGUUUUAUGAUCCUGACUCUUAUAAUCCUGAAGAGGGUAAGUUUAUAAUGGGGUUACAGUUUCAUCCUGAGCGAAUGAGGAGAUUAGCUUCAAAUGCUUCAAAUGAAUUCGAUUAUCCUGGAUGCCCUGCUGCUUAUAAGGAAUUUGUGAAAGCUGUGUUGGCAUAUCAGAAGAAGCUUAACAACAUGUUGAAAGUAGAGAAUUCUUUAAAGCUUGAUAAAGAUUUGGAACAAAGAAGAAAGCUUAUUGUUCAUAGCUUCUCUCUUGCAAGAAACAUAUAUGCAACAGGUAACAAUUUUCAUCCAUCUGAAGAGUCUGAUCUCAAACCAGGAGCAGAAUUUCUUGAGUCAAACACAGCGUUAAGUUUGCAACAAGAGAAGAGAUUGAAACAAAUGGGAGCAACAGUAAGAAAUUCAUCUUCAUACAUGGAGAAAAUGAAGCUAAAUGAAGAAAGAGAGAAAUUAGCGAGAGUUAUGAUGGGGAAAAUGACAGUAGAACAGUUAUCUGAUUUAGCUUUAUUCUACCACAUGAUGGAGAAGAUAAGCUCUGAAGUGUUAGACAAAAAGCUUCAAGAUUCUGCGAGUCUUGAUCGAUCUUCCUGA